AAGCCUCUCUGUGGGAACGAACUCUUUCUUAUCACGUACUAUAUUUAUAUCUAGUUGAGUGAGAAAGUAAAUUAUAUUUACACGGAUGCAGCCGGUUACUGACACAUUUUCGUCAGUGCAGAGCCUUCCUUUCUUUCCUAUAGGAAGAAAUACGACGAUAACUAGCAGGUAUAAGGAAUUUUGGAGGGAGCAAUUGUUAACCUUCCAGAAAUUCUCGGAGGAGGUUGUGACAGAUUCCCGCGGCGAGCCAUCUUCUGACGUCUUGAAGGAGCAUCCUCGACUGAAACCACUCCCAGGUAAACGAACCAGAGCUGACGACUGCAGUCCCCAAGCAGGAGUGCGGUCUAAGAAGCAGGCAUGUGGCCUGGUGAUCCUCAAUUCCUCCAAUAUGCAGGGAAUUCCGAAAGAGAAUGUUUUCACAAGAUUGGCGCGCAUUCAGAACGAGAAGUCUGGUAACGCUGAUCUUCGUGAGAAGUCUGGCGAUAUUGACCUUUGUGAUGGGAAGCCUGGUAAUACUGAUCCUUAUGCUGAGAAGUCUGGUGACACUGGCCCUCAUGCUGAGAAGUCUGGUGAUACAUGUGAGAAGUCUGGUGAUACCGGUCCUUUUCCAGAUGACAGAGAUGGCGCAAGUUCGACUGGAUGGAGUGCUUCCCCGAGUGGUAACCUUAGUGAGCUUGUAGACGAGGUCGUGAUGGAAAUCAACACUCAGAGUGAAGUAGACAUCCGGAAGAAUGCGGGAGAAGAAACAUCUGCUAUCGUUACUGUCGAGGCGACUCCCCUUAAAGAUCUUCUUGUGCCGGUCCCUAUUGAUAAGGCAGCCAUGGUGACUUUUUUUGAAAGGCCUCUUGCAGCUGACAAGGUUUCUGAUGAAGCAUUGACAAGGCAACCUGUUGUUCCUGGGGAUAUCUUCAAUCCUCCCUUUGAUGUCCCUCGUGCAGGUCAUGUGUUGGUUGGGGGGUUCAGUGUGCCGGCUCAGUUCGAGGAGUUGUACUCGGCGAUAUGGAAGAAGCACGGCCACAUUGCUACCACCACAAAGCUCAAAAGUCGCCUUGCAUUAGUCAAUCGCGUCCAAGAAGUUUUAUUCUCCAUUCAAGGGAUGAGCGUCACGACUGGUCACACCGUUUCUGAGGAGAUGAUCGAAGACUGGAAGUGUCAUUGAGACGUGUUUGUCCAGUAUGACUUCAACGCUCCUUGGUUCUUCAAAGGGUUUUCCGAAAUCCAGGAGCUUCAGAAAUCGCAAGGUGAAUUUCCCUCCACAAAAUGUGUUGCUCGCCAGGAAGAAGAGGUUGAGAGGUUGUCUAAGGAGUUGAAGCUGAAACAAGACGGGCUCCAGAAGAUGAAAGCUUCUCUUGCUCAGAAAGACGAGUUGCUGUUGAAGGACUUUCCUUGAAGGAUUCGUGAUGACUACUUGCUUUCUUUAUUUAGAUGUUUUUGAGUGAUUGUGAGUAUUUCCUUUCACAAUUUGAUUUUAGGUUUUGAACUAAU